AUGAACAGAUUGCCGGUGUUACAGGACUACGGUCUCUCGAGCGACACGGGCUUCCUGCCGCAAGUGUCAGCAUCUUCUCGACUUCCCCCACACUACGAUCCCUGGGAAAAUCUCAGCGAUGGACUUCCAGAUCAUACCAAGUCCGGCACGAUCAGACAGCGCAUCCGUCAUCUCGAGACCUUGACCACAGCUCGUCUAAAAACGGAAGGAGACUGGCGUCGAGCAUACAGCAUACUCUCAUACCUCAUCUCAGCUUACAUCUGGACUGGAGAAACACCUCAAAAUGUCAUUCCACAAGCGCUCAGUGCACCCUACCUGGUCGUCUGCGAACAAGUCGAAAUGCCGCCCGUGAUCACCUACACAGCGCUCAUCUUAUGGAACACCAAAUUCGUCUCCAACAACAACAGCCAAGAUUUCAGUCUCGAUAACCUACAAGUCUGCCGUAGCUUCACUGAUACUCCAGACGAGCGUUGGUUCCUCAUGAUAUGCGCUGCAAUGGAAGCCAAAGCUGGCCCAGCAAUCGAGAAACUUCUACUCGCGACAAACGCAGUAGUGUCCGGCGAUAUCGAAGCAGUCACAGCGGCGCUACACUUCGUAACAGAAACAAUCCAAGACCUAACAACACUCCUGGCAGAGCUAAAUCACCGAGUAAACCCCAACAUCUGGUUCACCAAACUACGACCAUACCUAGCAGGCAGCAUCGACGACCAACUACCGCAAGGCAUCAGCUUCGAUAAUGGAAAAACAUAUCUUCGCCUAGCUGGCGCAAAUGCCGGACAAUCCAGUCUCUUCCAAUUCUUCGAUAUAGCUCUCGGAAUCAACCACGUCAGCGACUUCGCCGCUCGAAUGCGAGAUUACAUGCCCGGACCACAUGCAAGAUUCCUGGCAGCCAUGGAGGAAUCAGCGAGUAUUCGAAAUUUCGUGAUUGCCAAUACCGGUGAAAGUGAUUUGCGAACAGCAUACGAUGCAUGUUUGAAAGAGCUGGAAGUGUUCAGGAAUAAGCAUAUCCAGAUCGUAAGCCGGUAUAUUGUAAUUCCAGCUCGUGAAGCGGCCAGAAAGGCGUCAAGCCAAUCCUCGCCUCUCGAAUCCGAUGGCGGCCGGAAAGAGCUCAGAGGCGUCGGUGGAGCGCCAUUGAUGCCAUUUCUGCGCGGAAUGAGAGAUGAGACCCGAAUGAGCAAAUUGCUCUCGAUGGAGGACUAG